AUGACAGGUCAGAGACUGACUGAAGUCCACAAGAAGAUGAUGAUGGAGGAAGGGGAGGACCGAGAAGAGUCUGCAGGAUCCAGCUAUCCGUCUGUGAGGAGUGACCGGUCCAAAGGUCCAUCUCCACACUUCAGUACUGAAGCUGGACCAACGAGAGGUCAGAGGUCACAGUCUGCAGGAUCCAGCUGUCUGUCUGUGAGGAGUGACGGGUCCAAAGAUGGACCUCCAGACUUCAGUAAUGAACGUGGACCAAAGAGAGUGGACCAGAAGAGGUCAGAGGUUCACAGUGAUCAGUCUGCCCAGCAGCAUCAAACACACCUGGACUCCAUAUUUAGGCCGCUGGAGGACAACAUCAUCACAUUUGUGAAGAAUGAGCUGAAGAAGAUCCAGAAGGUCCUGAGUCCAGAUUAUCCAGAAUGCUUAGAGAGUCCAAUGGAGGAUGAUGAGGAGAAGAGGAGGAGCAGAGAAGCAUUUGUAAAGAUCACACUGGACUUCCUAAGGAGAAUGAAGCAGGAGGACCUGGCUGACUGUCUGCAGAGUAGAUAUCCCAUUGGAGUUUUUCAGCAUCAUCUCAAGUCUCUCUUGAAGAAGAAGUUCCAAUGUGUGUUUGAGGGGAUCGCUAAAGCAGGAAACCCAACCCUUCUGAAUCAGAUCUACACAGAGCUCUACAUCACAGAGGGAGGGACUGCAGAGGUCAAUGAUGAACAUGAGGUCAGACAGAUUGAAACAGCAUCCAGGAACCCAGACAGACCAGAAACAACAAUCAGACAAGAAGACAUCUUUAAAGCCUCACCUGGAAGAGAUGAACCAAUCAGAAUAGUGCUGACAAAGGGAGUGGCUGGCAUUGGGAAAACAGUCUUAACACAGAAAUACACCUUGGACUGGGCUGAGGACAAAGCCAACCAGGACAUCCAGUUCAUAUUUCCAUUCACUUUCAGAGAGCUGAAUGUGCUGAAAGAGGAAAAGUUCAGCUUGGUGGAACUUGUUCAUCACUUCUUUACUGAAACCAAAGAAGCAGGAAUCUGCAGCUUUGAAGACUUCCAGGUUCUGUUCAUCUUUGAUGGUCUGGAUGAGUGUCGACUUCCUCUGGACUUCCACAAAACUACAAUCCUAACUGACCCUAGAAAGUCCACCUCAGUGGAUGUGCUGCUGAUAAACCUCAUCAGGGGUAAACUGCUUCCCACUGCUCGCCUCUGGAUAACCACACGACCUGCAGCAGCCAGUCAGAUCCCUCCUGACUGUGUUGGUAUGGUGACAGAGGUCAGAGGGUUCACUGACCCACAGAAGGAGGAGUACUUCAGGAAGAGAUUCACAGAUGGGGAGCAGGCCAGAAUGAUCAUCUCCCACAUCAAGACAUCACGAAGCCUCCACAUCAUGUGCCACAUCCCAGUCUUCUGCUGGAUCACUGCUACAGUUCUGGAGAAUUUGCUUAAAACCAGAGAGGAAGAACAGCUGCCCAAGACCCUGACUGAGAUGUACAUCCACUUCCUGGUGGUUCAGGCCAAAGUGAAGAAGGUCAAGUAUGAGGGAGGAUUUGAGACAGAUCCACACUGGAGUCCUGAGAGCAGGAAGAUGAUGGGAUCUCUGGGAAAACUGGCUUUUGAUCAGCUGCAGAAAGGAAACCUGAUCUUCUAUGAAUCAGACCUGACAGAGUGUGACAUCGAUAUCAGAGCAGCCUCAGUGUACUCAGGAGUGUUCACACAGAUCUUUAAAGAGGAGAGAGGACUGUACCAGGACAAGGUGUUCUGCUUUAUCCAUCUGAGUUUUCAGGAGUUUCUGGCUGCUCUUCAUGUCCAUCUGACCUUCAUCAACUCUGGAAAAAAUCUGCUAGAAGAACAACAAACAACCUCCCAGAAUUCUGAAACAAGAGAGUCUGCAGAGAAAUUCUUCUACCAGAGUGCUGUGAACAAGGCCUUACAGAGUCCAAAUGGACACCUGGACUUGUUCCUCCGCUUCCUUCUGGGUCUUUCACUGCAGACCAAUCAGACUCUCCUACGAGGUCUGCUGACACAGACAGGAAGUAGCUCACAGACCAAUCAGGAAACAGUCCAGUACAUCAAAAAGAAGCUCAGUGAGAAUCUGUCUGCAGAGAAAAGCAUCAAUCUGUUCCACUGUCUGAAUGAACUGAAUGAUCGUUCUCUAGUUGAGGAGAUCCAACAGUCCCUGAGAUCAGGAAGUCUCUCCACAGAUGAACUGUCUCCUGCUCAGUGGUCAGCUCUGGUCUUCAUCUUACUGUCAUCAGAAAAAGAUCUUGAUGUGUUUGACCUGAAGAAAUACUCUGCUUCAGAGGAAGCUCUUCUGAGGCUGCUGCCAGUGGUCAAAGCCUCCAACAAAGCUCUACUUAAUGUUUGUAAACUCUCAGAGAGAAGCUGUAAAGUUCUGUCUUCAGUUCUCAGCUCCCAGUCAUCUUCUUUGAGAGAGCUGGACCUGAGUAACAACAACAUACAAGAUUCAGGAGUGAAGCUUCUGUCUGUUGGAAUGAAGAGUCCACACUGUAAACUAGAAACUCUCAGACUAAGUGGCUGUAAACUCUCAGAGAGAAGCUGUGAAGCUCUGUCCUCAUUUCUCAGCUCCCAGUCCUGUAGUCUGAGAGAGCUGGACUUGAGUGACAACAGCCUGAAUGAUUCAGGAGUGAAGAUGCUGAAGACCCAUCUGGAACAUCCGAUGACCUGUAUAGUGCACUCUAUGUAGGUGGAGCCUGCUGGAGUCCGAUGGUUGAGACCAGGUCUGAGGAAGUAUUCCUGUCAAUUCACAAUCAACACAAACACAGUGAACACAAGCCUCCAGCUGUCUGACAACAACAGGAAGGUGACACAUGUGGAGGAGGUUCAGUCAUAUCCUGAUCAUCCAGACAGAUUUGAUGUUAGUCCUCAGCUGCUGUGUAAAAAUGGUCUGACUGGUCGCUGUUACUGGGAGGUCGAGUGGAGAGGAAUCAUUUAUAUAUCAGUGAGUUACAGAAGAAUCAGAAGGAAAGGAGGCAGUGAUGACUGUGUGUUUGGAUGGAAUGAUCAGUCCUGGAGUCUGUACUGCUCUGAGAGAUUUGGUUACUAUGUCUGGCACAAAAGCAGAGAAAUAUGGAUCUCCUCCUCAUCAUCCUCCUCCUCCUCCUCUGUCUCUAAUAGAGUAGCAGUGUAUGUGGACUGUCCUGCUGGCACUCUGUCCUUCUACAGAGUCUGCUCUGACACUCUGAUCCACCUCCACACCUUCAACACCACAUUCACUCAAACUCUUUAUCCUGGAUUUAGACUCUGGUAUCCUGAUUCAUCAGUGUCCCUGUGCUGAGUGGA